AUCAUUCUCACAACAAUGUAAGAUAUAAGCCGUUUGUGGCGUCCUUCCAGUCAUCUUCUACAUCAGCACAGAGACGUGACCAUGAGCUGGGGAUACAGUGACACUAAUGGGCCUUUACACUGGAUCGAGCACUACGAGGCUGCGGCCGGGCCACACCAGUCCCCCAUAGACAUCAGAACUGAGACGACUGAAUACGACCCCGAGCUCUGGUACCAUCCCCUGAGAAUCCAGCACGCUCGGCAAUACAAUCUGGAAGUGGAGAACAAUGGCCACUCCUUUCAAGCUGAUGUGGACGACAGCUCAAGUAUAAGCGGUGGCCCCCUCGGUGAUGCCACGCACUACCUGAAACAGUUCCAUUUCCACUGGGGAAGCUCCGACCUGCAGGGCUCCGAGCAUAAAGUUGACGGCAAAAACUAUUCCGCAGAGCUGCAUUUCGUUCACUGGAAUGCCGCCAAAUACUCCACGUUUGAAGAUGCUGUAGACAAGGAGGACGGUCUGACAGUGCUCGGGGUCUUCAUCAAGGUGGGCCAAGAAAAUAAAGAAUUUAAGAAACUGACGGACGUGAUGCAUGAGGUCCUGGACCCUUACACGACGACCAACGUCGGGACGAUGUUCGAUCCCCGCUGUCUGCUGCCACGAAAUGUCGACAAGUACUGGACGUACCCUGGCUCUCUGACCACGCCCCCCUGCUAUGAAAGCGUCACAUGGAUACUCCUAGAAGAGGCUAUCUGCUUGUCUCAUAGCCAGUUGAUGCAUCUGAGGAGCCUGAUUGGUGGUUGCCACAGCAACGACGAAGGAGGCUGCUAUGAAGAUAAUAUUGUCGACAACUUCCGGACCAUUAACCCUCUUGGAGACAGGGUUGUCAGGGCGUCAUUCUGUACCAGGGCCUGACAGACAACAUGCAAGGAGAUACGUGUUCAUACUUCGUCAAUAUUCAGGGAAAAAAUGAUAGUAUUGUAAAUUAUAUCUGGCUGAUGUCUGAACGGUACCACCUUGUACACAACACACCUAUGUUCUUCUUGUUAAUGUGAUACGUACAUGCACAGCUUGUCUGCCAAGAUUGAAGACUUGAGAAAGUGGACGUCACUCACGUCAUACAAUCAAACGUCAACAAAAUUACAAAACGUUAAAGAAGAUAUAAAUUGAAUGUAUUUAUUCUGUCAUGGCUCCAACUGCAAAGGGAAAGUCAUGUGUUCUCUAACUUAUGUUGAGUGCUAUAAUUUAUUACUUUAAUGUGAUGCCCUGUGAGUUGUUUUGAUUCUGAAUAUCAUAAUCAGACAUUGCCAUCAGUUAUUAUCCUGUAAAUGAAAAUGCAUUCACAGAAUAUGUAGACAUGUAUAACAAUAUAUUUCUUUUGGAUAUAUUUACAAUAUACAACGUUAAACACACAGAAAGUUAAUUCUUUCUAGGUGAUUAAUAUAUGCGCACUUGGAUUUAUGGAGAAACAAUUGAAAGAUGAAAGUUGUUCCUUGUUUAGAACCUCAUACCAAUGUUACGAUAGCUGUGAGAAGGGAAAACAAUAAGUCAUUAUCGAGGUGACCAUUUCGUCAUACACCUCCAACCAGCUGGCAUCACAGCCAUAGCAUCCACAAAGCUGUGCCAAAAGAGACGAUGCAGCUGGUAAAUGUCUUUUAGAGUGGUUCAUGAUGUUAUUGGAAUGACUAUUAUCUCAGUCAAGGCUUCACAUAGUACAAUUAUAAUGAUUGUAGGGACGCAUCAAUACAUUCAUCGUUUGAUCGAAGCGUUUGGUUUCUGUCCCACGUCAAGUUAUACUACAUAUGACCUAUGUUAAUAACUUAUACUUUUGUAAUACCUUUGCUUAUUGUAUUUAUUUGUGUGAAUGUCAGUUUGCUCCAUGAGCAAGUCUGUUUGUGGUGUAAGGACAUAGCGCCUGCGAUGGGAGAGGUCGGUGUUUUGACCUUCGGUUUGGUCAUCAACGCAUGGUCCAAGACGUAUGAUAUCAAGUGAUGCCACAUAUAAAACCAGUAUGUUAAUAAAUUAUAUUUUUGUA